CUAGCUUAGUUAGCGGCCGCUGGAAACAAAACCGGACUGCCCCUUCAAGCAAGUUCUCAUGUUACCUUGUCAAACCUUGGCUUUAUGCAAUUACGCUUUGGGCUAAAUAUCUGCUAACAUUUUCGGACCUUUUAUUAGUUUGACUCGGAGGCUAAAAGCUUCGUGGACAAGAUGGGAGUACCGAAAUUUUACCGAUGGAUCUCGGAGCGCUAUCCUUGUCUUAGUGAAGUUGUCAAGGAACAUCAGAUUCCAGAAUUUGACAAUCUCUACCUGGACAUGAAUGGGAUCAUCCACCAGUGUUCCCACCCAAACGACGAGGAUGUUCAUUUUCGCAUUUCCGAGGAGAAGAUAUUUGCAGACAUCUUCCAUUACCUGGAGGUGCUCUUCAGAAUCAUCAAGCCACGCAAGGUGUUCUUCAUGGCUGUGGACGGCGUGGCACCGAGGGCCAAGAUGAACCAGCAGAGAGGACGGAGAUUCAGGUCUGCCAAAGAAGCUGAAGAAAAGAUAAAAAAGGCUCUGGAUAAAGGAGAGGUGCUGCCCACAGAGGCUCGCUUCGACUCCAACUGCAUCACUCCUGGUACCGACUUUAUGGCGAGACUUCAAGAGCAGCUCAAGUAUUUUGUCUACAACAAACUCUCCACUGACAAGAUGUGGCAGAAAGUCAAAGUCUACCUGUCUGGACAUGAGACACCGGGCGAAGGCGAGCAUAAGAUCAUGGAGUUUAUUCGCGCGGAGAAAGCGAAGCCUGGUCACAACCCCAACACCCGACACUGCCUGUACGGCCUGGACGCUGACCUGAUAAUGUUAGGUUUGACCAGCCAUGAACCCAAUUUCUCGCUGCUCAGAGAGGAGGUCCGCUUUGGAGGGAAGAAAUCCCAGAAAAGGAUAACGGCCCCAGAGGAAACUACUUUCCAUUUGCUUCACUUGUCUCUGAUGAGGGAAUAUAUCGACUAUGAAUUCUCUGAACUCAGGAAUCACAUCGGUGCAGACUAUGACUUGGAGCGGAUAAUAGACGACUGGAUUUUAAUGGGUUUCCUCGUAGGAAACGAUUUCAUCCCUCACCUUCCUAAUCUUCACAUUAACCACGAUGCUCUGCCGCUGUUGUACAAGACAUACAUCAGUGUGUUGCCCAGCCUGGGGGGUUACCUGAGGAACGGCCACCUGAACCUCCGAAACUUUGAGAAGUACCUGGAGAAGCUUUCUGAGUUUGACCGGGAGCAUUUCAGUGAAGUGUUCGUGGACCUGAAGUGGUUUGAGAGCAAAGUUGGUAACAAGUAUCUGAACGAGGCGGCAGGUCUGGCAGCGGAGAAGGAGGCUGCCGGCAAAGAUGGCAAUCAAAAGGAUUCCGCCCUCUGUCUGGCAGCUCUGUCCUCAUCAGAGAGAAUGACUGGAGAAGGAAAAGGCACAGUGGCUGAUGAAGAGGAGGAGGAAGACGACAUCUUUGAAACAGAGUUCAGACAGUACAAACGGACCUAUUAUAUGACCAAGAUGGGGGUGGAUGUGGUGUCUGAUGAGUUUCUAGCCACGCAGGCUCGGUGUUAUGUUGAAGGGAUCCAGUGGAUUCUCCACUACUACUACCAUGGAGUUCAGUCCUGGAGCUGGUACUACCCCUACCAUUACGCUCCUUUCCUCUCUGACAUCAAAAAUCUAUCAGAGUUGAAGUUGACCUUUGACCUUGGGACGCCCUUCAUGCCCUUCCAGCAGCUGUUGGCUGUUUUACCUGCUGCCAGUAUGGAACUGCUGCCUGAAUGUUACAGGCACCUGAUGACCAGUGAACGUUCUCCCAUUAUCGAGUACUAUCCACUGGACUUUAAAACGGAUCUAAAUGGAAAGCAGCAGGAAUGGGAGGCUGUGGUCCUUAUUCCCUUCAUAGACGAGAGGUGCUUACUAGCAGCCAUGGAACCUUACAAUUCUAAACUGACCCAAGGAGAGAAGGCCAGGAAUCGUCAUACAGAGUGUGCCAUCUACACCUACGAUAAAGAGAGCGAGUUCACAUAUUCGUCCCCCCUGCCUCAGAUGUUCCCCGACAUCAUACACUGCCGCGUCAGGAAAACAGACAUCCCGAUGGACGCCUGGCACGUUCCGCCGGAUCACGUCAGCGGGCGCAUCGACCGCUCGGCUCUGUACUUUUGUGGCUUCCCCACCCUUCAACACAUCAAACACAAGUUUUAUAAGAAGAAGAGUGGGGUGGUUGUGUUCCAGCAGAGCAGCCGAGGAGAGAACAUGAUGUUGGAGAUCACCGGUUCAGACGCAGAAACGACAUGUGAUGAGGUCGCUGCACAAACAGUGGGAAAGUCUAUAUUUGUCAACUGGCCCCAUCUGGAGGAAGCCCGGAUUGUUGCAGUGUCAGAUGGAGAGACCAAGUUUUCUCUAGAGGAACCUCCUGGUGUCCAAAGAGUCUACGACAGACCGUCCACACCUCCACCCACUAAAGUCACCUGUUUGUCCGACAAAGAGCAGAAGGACUGGCUCAAGGAUGUCCAGGGAAUCACCGAGCAUUACUUGAAGAGGAAAGGCAUCUUUGUGAAUGAGUGCGAGGUGCUUUUGUACGGCCAGCUGCUGACGGGAAGGAAGUACGUCCCCAAAGCCAAUGGGGUGGUGGAGCUGGAGAAACAGUGGGCCAAACAGGUCCUGCCUUUCGCCCACCAGACUGUCGUUAAGGACAUCAAGGCCUUUUACUCAUCGCUGACCUGCUUUACGAGCUUAGAUGAGCUGUUUCCUCAAACUACCACUGUUUUCAUGGUGGGGAACCCGUACUAUGGCGCAAUGGGGGAGGUGCAAGACUCUAGCGACGUGAUUAAAGAAGGUCGGGUUCGUGUGGUCUUCAACGUCCCACAUGAACCUCAACUGGAGCCCCUCAUCCAGAACCAACAUAAAUACUGUGUGAAGUACAGCCCGGGUUAUGUUCUGGCGUCUCGUCUAGGCAUCACCAGCUACCUCGUCUCCCGCUUUUCAGGAAGCAUCUUCAUCGGCAGAGGAUCCAAGAAGAAUCCCUGUGGAGAGCAAAGAGCUAAUGUUGGCCUGAACCUGAAGUUCAACAAGAAGAAUGAGGAGGUUCCCGGUUACACCAAAAGAACAGAGAAGGAGUGGCUGUACUCUGCGGCUGUGGAAGAACUGCUGGCAGAAUACCUGGACAGAUUUUCGGAGGUUUUCAACACGGUGUCGAGAAACAGCCACGAUGAUGUUUUCUACGAGGACGACAUCUGGCCUGGGGAGGACCAGAACGGAGCUGAGAAAGUGGCAGAGAUCACGUCAUGGUUGAAAGGCCACCCGGUCAGUUCCAUCAGCAGGGCCUCCUGUGACCUUCAGGUGCUGGACUCGGCCAUCGUGGAGAGGAUCGAGGAGGCGGUGGAAAAAACCAAGGUGAAGAAAAGCACCAGGAAAGUCCGUGUGACCGUCAAACCUCAUCUUCUGUUCAGGCCUCUGGAGCAGCAGCAGGGUGUCGUCCCAGACCCCGACGCCGAGUAUCGCCUGUUUGACCGAGUCGUCAACAUCAGAGAGAGUUUCACCGUCCCACUGGGGCUCAGGGGAACCGUUAUUGGCAUCAAAGGAGCCGAGCGAGAGGCAGAGGUUCUCUAUGAAGUUCUGUUUGACGAAGAAUUUGCCGGAGGUCUUACUAUCAGAUGUACGGCCCCUCGAGGUUACCGCCUCCCUCCCUGUGCACUCAUUAACCUCUCCCACGGAGCCCGAGUGGACCACACCUCGCACAAACUCACCGCCAUCGUCAAACCUCAGCCCGCCGCCGCCGCAAACUUCAAUUCUAACCGGCAGCUUGGCGGACUUAACCACUCACCGCGGUCGCCGUUUAUACCCACACAGCAUAACAACAAACAUGGCGUGGUGAAGGCUGCCUCCCAGGGCAACAGGAACUCUCCUUCUAAAGGUCCCAUUCAGAAACAACAGGCCAAGGGUAAAGAGGAAUACAACAACGUGUGGCAGUCUCUGCAGAACUGUGGCCCUCCCCACAAACCUCCUGCCCACUGGCACAGCAACGAUGAACAAUCACAACACGGGAAGAACCUGCAAACAACCAACAAACCUGCCUCAGUUAGUAGUAUCAGACUAUUGAAGAAAAAUGAAGACCCCACCUCCAUUUUCCCCCCACAGAACGCCAGCAAGGCUACAACUGAAUUCGAGGACCUCAUAGCCAACCUCAAGAUCUCCAAGGGCAGCCAGCAGACUCCGCCCCCUCCCGCUCUUCCACAAGCGUCCACCAGCCAGUCCGAUGGACCGCUGUCUCCGCAGUCCUUCGCCAUGAAGGGAACCCUGGUGUUGAAGGAGAUGCUGAAGAUCGACGGUGCCGGAACAGGAAGUCCGUCUUCACAAGAGAUGAACAACUCCAUCCAUUCAGGAGGACAGCAGCAGAACAGGAGGCGAUCGGCUAAGAAAAUGGCUGCGAAAAUCAACGUCCCACACGGAGAAUCUGCUUCUCCCAUCGCACCCCCCUCAGCCAACUUCUCCAACGCCAUGAUGGGCAGUAAAGUGUCUGAACUGGCCUGUGUGUGCGUGGGCCUGGGCAUGACGCCGCCCGAUUUCAGCUUCAUACGCAGCAGACAGGGGCUGGUGGUGUGUCAGGUGAAGCUGUCCAACGGGCUGAUGGUUCACGGGCCGCAGUGCCAGUCGGAGAACGACGCCAAGGAGAAAGCCGCCUUCUUCGCCCUCCAAAGACUGAACUCCGUGGGGUCGGGCUUCCCCCUCCCUCCCCCUCUGUACCCUGGAAUGCCCCAGAUCAGACCCCCGCACCUCGGAGCCAUGAACGCCGUCUUCAACCAGUCAGGUGGGCUCCUGUUGCCCCCCCAGGGUUAUGGCCCCGCCCCCCUCUGGGGCAUGGCGCUGCCUCCUCACCACCAACAGAACCAACAGUUCUACGGGGCAGCGGGGACCUUCCCCGGCGCCGCCCGCCCUCCGCCGGCGACGUCGGCGCCCAUCGGGUCGCACAACCAGUUCAUCCCACUGCAGGUGACGAAGAAGAGGGUUUCCGCCAACAAGAAGAACCAGGAGACCAGGGAGUUUUACAGCGCCGCCCAGACCGUCGCCAGGAACCAAUCACAGAAAGGCCACGCCCAGGCCACGCCCGGCCAAUCAGACGCCCAGGCCGCGAAACCCCACCAGCGCGACACCGGCUUCGUCGCUUCCAGCCCGAGUCCGGCGGAAACCGGCGUCGUGACGACGGACGCUCCGUACACGCCCCCUCGACAGAACGCCCCUUCAACAGGCCACACCCCCGGCUCCGCCUCCAAGAGGAAACACAGGAAGCUGGCCGUCAACUUCGAAGCCGCGAAAGUGUCUGAGUGAUGAGGUGUGUGUGUGUGUGUGUGUGACUCCUCCCCCAGGACGCACACAAUGAACACGUCCAUGCGUUUUUUGCGUAGAAUUCCGUUGCCUUUUCGGGUUAAACCGCGGCCGGUGUGAGCGUCUACGGUGCGUUCAAGCCAAAAUCUGUGCUGUUUUUCUUUUCGUCUCCUUUGCAUCAGUCAUUGUUUUAAGGAUUAUUUCCAUAAAUCAGGAUCUGACGACUCGCCUGAACAUUAAACGUACAGUGGAACCAGAUUACGCAGACGUUUGAGGACGUUCAGCCGCAAAAUAAACCUCAGUUUGGCUCGUUUUAGUCAAAAUCAUACUAGAUCUAAGAAAAUAAAUGUUAAUUUCCUCAUUAAGAAGCAGUUAAAGCGUCUUCCACAUUGAAACACGUUGAAAAAUAAUCAAGUUUUGCAGAAAAAAAAAAAAAAGGUGACUGGUUCAUUCAAAGACAAUUGCAAAUUUGUACUUUUUUUAAAAUCCAGAAACUAUUUUUGGACCUUUCAUUGUUAAGGGAAGGGGCGUCAGUGUUUAAUGAGCAUAAAAAUGUCUUUUUUUAUAGAGAUGCAUCAAGUGAAAAAGUCUGUAAGAUUCUUCAAAUGAUAUUUUGGCCGAUACCGAUGUUACCUGCUGUUCCUUGAUUUAUUUUUGGUUAUUUAUCCCCCCCUUAACAAAGAAUUCUACAUGAGGGUUUGGGUUGUUUUAAAGUCUUUCAGUCAUUUGUCACAUUAUCUUUGAAUGAAAACAGAUUCAAACCAAUAAAUGUGU